CUAACUGACCCUAAAUUUUCAAGGUUUCCCCAAUACUGUUUUUGUUAAUCCAUCCAAUUCACAAAAAUCCUGGUCAUCCCCUAGUGAGAUAGAAUAUUUAGCAUCUUCAACUAGAUAUGCAUUGGCAAAUUACUCUUGUGAAAGGAAGAGAGCAAAAAGAUAGAACUUUUACUAUAAUUAGCACCCUGCAAAUAGCUAAAUGGAUACGGGAGUGUACCAGAAAAAAUUCAGGCACAAAACGUCAAAAGCCAAAGGCUUCUCCUAGCCCCUGAACUAAAAAGCACUAACAUGUAUAGUUCGUUUAACCUCCAAAGCUCUCACAUUGCCAUAACUAUCUCCCAGUUGCAACAAGCAUCCCUGUGGCAAAUAAACCCCUCAAUGGAAACCAUCAAAUUUCAAGCCAAAAAAAGGGGGUCUUUCAUUCAAGCCAAGACCUAGAACAAGUGAACAACCCUAAUUCGCCCCCCCAAAAAAAAAAAAAAAACCUAAUUGGCAAAACAUGGGAGAAAGGGAGGAAACCAAGUACAGUAGGAAGAAGCGGCAUAGUUAUUCUCACAGAACCACUCCCAACAACCCCCCACAUACAACCGAAUGAAACCCUAAUUUUCUAAUUGCCCACACAGUGAGCCAGCUGAAUUGAAAUUUAAGAUACAAAACCCAGAGAAGCAAAUUCAUAGUAACAGAGAGGGGAAAUUGAAGAAGCAAAAGAGGUUAAAGAGAGAGAACCAUCUUCUUCCAGCCGGAAGGAGCAGGGAGCUCGACCGAGAAACCCUCGUCCUGGACAAGAGUAUUGGUCUCUUCCUUCUUCUCCGCCGAGUUAGCCAUGUCGGUUCUCUUGCAAACCCUUUUUCACCUAACUUCCACCCACAAAGCACCAAAGCGAGAAAUUAAUAAGAACCCUUUCGAACCUGCACCACCCAGAGAAGUGGUAGCUAGAGAUGGGGAUAGAGAGAGAAAGAAGAUAUAGAGAGAGAGAGUUCAAUUUUACCCACCAGAAAACUGCACGCAAAGAAACACACACAAACAGAGAGAGACCCUCAAAAAGGAUAUUUCGAGAACAACACUAGCGCACAAGCAGAUGCCACACAAGCUCAGCUGAGUGAGCCAAACCCGGAAAACAAUAAUAAAUAAAGAUUUAAUCUUUUUGAUAAAAAAAAUAAGAACAAUAUAUGAAGUAAGCUUUAGCAGAGCAGAAGAAGGACUGAAAGGAGAGGAGUUAUUCUGUCUCUUUCUGGGCUUUAUCCGUUUGAUUUUCCCAUUUUUGUCUUCUCUUUUUCCUAUUUUCCCCCAAGGAGAAAAAAAAAACAGAAAUAAAUUGAAUGGUGAAGGCGAGAUGUCGGGAGGAGGACACUUGUCGCCAUCUCCACGGCCGGCCCAACGGUCGGGAUUUGUGCUUUCUUAUUUCGUCGGUGACCGUUCGCUGCCGCAGCGUAGCUUUUAUUGAAAAACUUGAACUAAAUUAAAUAAUAUAUAAAAAGAGGAAUAUUAAAAUAAUCCUAUUGGAUCGAAAAGCUUAUGUUAGCCAAUCAGCUGCCGAGAAAUUUCCAAGUAAUUAUAAUUUUUUUCUUUCAAGUGUAGGUUUGGGCCAUUUCGAAUGCAACAUGGGCUUACGGAUUCGUUUUGGUCCGUAUACAGCCUCCGGUGGGCUGGGCUUUAUCUCCAUUUCUCACCGAAAUCCAUCAAUCAUUUCAAUUCCAAAGCCGCCAAAGGGAAUACGAUAGAGCAAACCGUGGUCCAGGGUGGCCCGUUGCCAAGAAGAGGCCCAAGUACACUAGUUACAUUGCGUGGUAGUGGGCUUUUGAGUAACGUAAAAGGCAUAUGGCCCAUAGGCACAUGGAGUGGAGCUUGAGAAGGGGCAAUGUCCAACAUGGUGUAAUGUUGAAGAAAGAGGGGGUAGUGUUGAAGGUGUGUAGAUAAUUAAGAGGAGAGAUGAAAGCACAAAAGAAGCUCUUGUUUUGGAAGAAGAAGAAGAAAAAAACGUGUUUGUGUUGGCCAAAUGAAAGCAUGUUCGAGCUUAGAUCGUUAAUAUGACACGAUGUUAAUUGGAUUUGCAGGGCAAAUGACAUCCACCUCUCGCACCUAGCGUUGUACAGCAAAGACUGAUCACAAGUGGCAGUCGAUUCUUAGAGGUCGAAGAGAAUACAAUCUAUAAUACUUAUGUGCUUAGCAAGAAAUUAUAUACAUAGUCAUGAAAAUUACUAGGGUUGGUAUAACCAGAAAUCUCGAGUCAUGUUUAAGUCUGCGAGCAAAAGGUUAUAAGGCGAAUGCAUGCCUGCUACUACAAACUCUUAGCCACCUUCGAUUAUCGAAUGAAACUUCGAUUUUUUUUUUUUUUGCUUGCUUAAUAGAUAACGCACUCUGCUGGCUCUUCUUUUCCCUCAACUUGAUUUAAGCGUUCGAGAGUCACUUUACAAACCCUCAGACAUUCCACAUGUUAUGUAUCCAUGUAUGUGGACAAUAUGUAGCUAGGGAAAGUUAGGCAAUGGGGAUGGAGAGAAGAGAAGCUAUAUGGAUAGUUUCGAAAUUUAGAUGCUAAGUCCAACAUCAAGAGCUUUUUUUGUAGGUGAGUAGGGGUGUCCAUUCGGGUUCGGUUUUUCGGGUUUACCCGAAACCGACCCGAUUAUAUACAUUUUCGGUUUUUCGGGUUCGGGUUUGUUUCGAGUUUCGGGUUUUUUGGUUUCGGGUUCGGUUUUGCUUAUCGAUUUUUCGGGUUCCGGCUAAAAACCUCCAAUGAAUAGAACUCAACCCGUAUUCUUAGGCGUUCGGGUUUCGGUUUUGCUUUAACCGAACUCGAACCCGAUAAAGAAUUUUUGGGUUUUGGGUAACCGAAACCCGCAAGUCCUUAUCGGGUUCGGUUUCGGUUUUAGUGGUUUUCGGUUUCGGGUUUUCGGGUUUUUUCGGGUUUCGGUUCGGGUAACCGAACCCGACCCGAACUGACACCCCUAUAGGUGAGACAAACAAAUUGACCAUGCCACAUCUCUAGGUCUUAUAACUUGAAUAUAUAGCUAAGCUAACACAAAUAUAUGAAUAUGCACGCAUCCUCUUCUUGACUCAUCACCGUCGAUCAUUAAUGCACCCAAUUAGCUAUUCCAUCUACAAUGAAGUUUACAUAACGGAUAACCUAUCCACUUCUCCAUCUACAUGCCUAAUUGGUAGGCAGGGUUGUCAGUUCGGUUUUGGGUUUUCGAUUUAAUCUAAAGUUGAACCGAUAAGGUGUUUUUAUCGGUUAAAAUCGAAAUGAUAAGAAACUGAAAAUUUCAACCACGAUAAACAACCAUUGCACAAUAUGUUUGAUUUUUAGUUCCAUGAAACCAUGUCGAACAAUUAAACCACCUAAUGGUUUGGUUCGAUUUCAAGGGAGGGGGCUUGCUUCGAUUUCUUGGUUUCUAGAAUUACGAUUAGGUUUAACAGGAAAAAAUCUCGAUAUCCCAGUCCUAUCAGUAGGUUCGUUCGGUCAAGCUGAUAGCUGGAUGGUUACUACGAUUUAAGAGUUAGGAUCAACUAUGCAUUUUUUUAAGCUUUUGGGUAUGUGACAAGACACACAAUAUGCUGUCCAUGUCUAGCUAGUUGUAUACUAAACUUAACUAGGUAAA